AUGGAGGGAGAAGGCAGGAGCCCUCGUCGGCACAUGAUCGUCCAUCGGCCAUUGCUAUCUUUUUAUCUUCAGAGCCCUAACCUCAACACCACUCGCCUCAUCACUGUCGACGAGCUCGCCCUCGCUCUCAACUAUCGUCUUAGUGCCAAUCACGACGAGAUCGGCUGCACCAUUGCCACCUAUAUCCCUCCGGAUUAUGUCAGCUCCGCUUUCGACAACCUCGAAAUUCUCCACCAUUCUCUCAACGAUGAUCUUUUUGGCAACGCUGCACUCGACGAUGAAGGCCUAGGGGUAGGGGCGAAGGAGGAGCAUGAUAUGAGAGAGGCAUUCCGAGUAUUUGACAAGGACAGCGAUGGCUUCAUCUCGAUAGCGGAGUUCCAAAUUAUGCUAGCCAAGUUCAACCUUCCGGAGACUCGAAACAUCACAAGGGUCCAUGGGGCACAGAGAUCUCAAUAA